AAUCUGCACCGUCCACGCAUCCAUCCCUCUAAACAGAUCUGCCCGACGCCGCCAGGCGCCCGCCCGCAGAGCAGCUCUUGCAAAAUUUCACCUUCCCUCUCCCUUUCUCUGGUUCUCUCCUCUCGGCGCGCGCGCAACAAGAAGCGGAAAGCUCAUGGCGGCGGCGAUCGCCACCAGGAAGCGCCCGGCGCUCGACGACGGUCCCUGCCUCCCGGCGGCCAAGAAGCGUUCGCGGUACGUCUUCGGCUCCAUCUACGACUACAAGAAGCUCGGAGUGCUCGGGGAGGGCACGUACGGCAAGGUGGUGCGGGCGUGCCACCGGCCCACGGGCGAGAUGGUUGCCGUCAAGUGGGUCCGCGCCACCCGUGGCGGCGGCGGCGAAGGCACCCGCGCGGCCCUCCGCGAGGCAGGCUGCCUGGCCGCCUGCCGUGGCGCCCCCUCGGUGGUGCAGAUCCGCGACGUGGCCGCCGACGAGGCCUCCGGGGACCUCUUCAUCGUCACGGAGCUCGUCGACGGCCCGACCCUCCGCGGCCGGCUCAACCGCACGGGCCGUUUCCCGGAGGCCACGGCGCGCGCUGCCAUGCGCCAGCUCCUGCACGGCGUCGCGUGGGUCACCGCGCGGGGGCGCUCCACCGCGACGUCAAGCCGGAGAACGUGCUCGUCGGCCCCGGUGGCGCGCUCAAGAUCUGCGACUUCGGGUCGGCCACGCCUGUGCGCCCGCCGUACGACCCCGAGGACCGCGUGGGCACCUUGUGGUACCUCGCGCCGGAGAUGCUCAAGGGCAGCCGCUGCUACGGCCCGCCGGUCGAUAUGUGGGCUCUCGGCUGCGUCAUGCUAGAGCUGCUCACCGGGGAGCCCAUGUUCCUUGGCGUCGAAACAAAGGACGACCUGCUCGUGGAGGUGUCCCAGCUGCGGCACAAGAUGGACUCGGACGGGAUGGCGGCGUUCAAGGGCCUGCCACCGGACCUGUCCAAGGCUGCCGGCGAGCUCUUGUGUGGGUUGCUUUGCUUCGACGAGGGCAAGAGGCUCACUGCAGCACAAGCGCUCAACCACCGCUGGUUCUCGGAGUCGGAGGAGGCAGAAUCCAUGGGACUCCUGACUGAGGAUGCCUCAGAGGAAGCAGAGUCGCUGGGUCCAGAGGAUACCUGAUCUGAAUUCUGAUCAAGAGCAGACAAACGGAGAGCAGUGUUAUUUAGGACAAAAUGACUACUUUAAUCUUAUGCUAUAUUAUUAUUCAUUCAUGUGUAGCUUCAUUGCUAAUGUACAGUAGUAGCAAAUUGCAAUGCGUUGCUGUCUUAUGUAAUUAUUAUUAGUUGCUGGAGACAAUCCAUUGUUGAUCAUCAUCUGAUCAAAUUGAAACAAUUUAACAUGGAUCUUGUUGCCAUUAAUUAAGCUAUAAUAUGUGAUGAUUA